GCGUUAUUAUUUCCCUUUUAUUUUCACUCAACUUUACCAAAAUUUCAUAGAGAAAAGUAAAGGGGAAAGCGGCUCUCCCUUUCGUCUCCUCAAAGCUCUUCCUCCACAGUCAACCCUCAACCAUCCCUCGUCACCCCCAAUCCGCCGUAAAUCGAAACCAUUCCCCUCCAAUUCCAUCCCAGUUUGCUUCUGUUCCCCUCUUUUCCGACACUCAUUCUCGCUCCCAAUCCGGCCGAGCUCUUAUCUGAAAGAAAAACCCCUUUCACAAAUCGAUAAAAGAAUGACCCAGAAAGCAUCCCGUUUGCUGCUAUUGCCUGAAAACGACUGAAGAAGAAGGGAGAAGUCGCCUGGAAAAAGUAAUAGAAAGACCGAAGAAGGAGUAUUAGGUCAGAUUGCGUUUGAUUCUUCUAUGUUUUUGGAUUUUAUAUUCUUUUGGUGUCACUGGAUAUCUCGUUUGGUGCAUGACUGAAGUAGAAAUUUGUUCCUCUAGAUAACUUUUAUGUUGUUCUUGUUGUUUUGUCUUAAUUGAUGAUAUAUAUGCAUGAGAUUUCUACUCUUGCUGGAAAGGUAUGGAUUGUGCUAGCUGGCUAUUGGUUCUGGCCUGGAGUGGGUAGGUCGUGAGAGGUGUUUACUUAUUUCUGUUAUUUUUAUGUAAAUUCAGAAUAGAGGUAGAGUAAGCAGGAGUAGCUUACAAUUUUGGUUGUAUCUCUAUGAUGUCUUAUACACCAACAGAUACUACAUUCGGGGUUUUAUCCAUGUUCUAUGCAUCAUGGUUUUCAUACUAGCCUUUGGAUUCUCUAUUGAGUUCGUUUGGAUGCAGAGAAGUUUUGUUAUUUAAAGGCAGUGAGAAAAGAAUGUAUUUGUUAUUUUGAUUGUCAUUUGUAUCAAGUAUCAACAGUACUUUACUUGAAUUUAUAUUUCUCUAUCAAUAGAUGUAUAUAUGGCGCCUGAAGUUUAUAGAUGUAAUGUUAGAAUUGUGGAUGGUUACUCUUUUUCGACGGAACAAGUUUUAUAUAUUGAUUAUUUGGUUCAGAGUACUGGUAGGAUCACCACCCUGCUGUAUGAGGUAAAGAUUUUCAAGAAAAUUCUGAAGGGACCAUAUGAGAAUCUCGUUUGCUUCCUCAGCUUUUGGUUCUUGCUUCACUUUUAUGACUUAGGGGCUUCUAUCUCCAUGUGUAAUAGGUCAGAUUGUGUUGGAUUUUUUUUUUAUGGUUCCUGUUCUUGCUCCCUUACUUAUUUAGCAGAUUUUAUCAUCGUUUCUUUUGUUCUAUGCUUUUUAUUUUAAUGCUUCUUGUUCUUGCUCCCCCUGCAUAUUCUACUCCAUCACUCCAUAAUGUCACUCAAGGCGACAACUCUUGCUUCUGAAGUGAUGUUGUGAGAGUAGUUUGGAUGUGAGCUUAGCCGUCAAUGCCCUCCAAGCAAUUCAACUCCAUCUUUAACGCAGGCAACUCCAGUGAGACAAGUCAGCGAUGGAAGCACGACAAACUAGUAAGAUAUGAUUGGUUCUGGAUAUGUCGAUAAAGGCUUGCAGAUAAUGUAGUUUUUACUACACUUUGUUUGCAUGAAUGUGUUAUUUCUAAUGUUAGUUUUGUGUACAUGUUUGUAGAUAUGGUUUAAGGAAGCUAAUUUUUGUAAUUUAUCUUUAUUAGGGCUUCUGUUCCCCUGUAUUGAUAGCACCGCAUACCCAGAAUUUCAUUUGAGGCCAAGAACAUAUAGGUAGUAUGCUCUCUCAUAGAUGGAUUUGAUGGAAAGAGGAGAUGGUAGAAGCUUUAUCUUACUGAUUCAUCUUUGCAUUAUGUAGGAUGGAUUUGGCUGGAUAUGGCUGUAGAACAACGCUUUUGUGAGAUGAGUUGUGUUUACAUUUGUGGUGUUUUUUUUUUUUUUGGUUUUGAUCUGCUUUACAAUAUUUUUAGUUUCUUAAAUUCGCAUGUAUUCCAGUAUGCUUUAUGAGAUUUAUGGUUUGCUUUCCCUUGUUUUUAGUUAAUUUAUGAUAUUUGUAGUUUGGUUUUUCGUGUUUAAAUUCAAUUUAUGAGAUUUGUGGCGUUCUUUAUAAUAUAUGUGGUGUGAGUCAAGCGAUUUGUGGUUUCUGAUAUACUUUACGUGAUUUAUAAUUUUCUUUCACGUGUUUUAGUCACCUUUAUAGAUAAAAAAAAAACAAUAAUAUAUACUAGAAACAUAAAAUAUAUACCAAAACCACAAUUAAUACCAAAAUAAUCACCAAAUCAUACCAAAAAAGAUUUAAAAAAAUUAACAUUGAGCUGGAGCAGCGCUUCCAGCCUAAAAGUAAAAAAAAAAAAAAACAAAUAAUUAAACAACACCACAACACCGCCAAAUUGGACGGCCCCGCCGUCUACUCCUACUCCGGCAUUUUCUGACCGACCCUAGAAUUUGCGUCGUAGCUGGUGUCAACCUCAACCACGUAGACAUCGGCGGGCACCUCCCUCGCGAGCUCGGCCUCCAGAUCUGGCCCUCUUCCAGAAACUCCAAUCGCUUCUGCGUCAAAAAAGAGGCGGUUGUAGGAGAUGCGGCUCUUGCAGAAUUGAUCAUGGAACUUUUGAAUUCGUUUCUUACAAACUCAGGUCGUCGUUGGAUUGUAAUCUACUUUUCGGAUGAGAGGCGAUGGAGAUGGUGAAGGAGUUCGACUGCCGACGCCGAUGGGGAAGAAGAAGCGGCGGCAGGGGUGGGAUCGAGAUAGGUGCGUAACACAAUGAGGAGAGAGAAGCGUUACGUACAAAUGAGAGAGAGAAACGACCUGUUUCCCGGAGGAAUGGAUUUUCAAGAAUGGCGAAUCUGAACUUAGUUUGAUUUUUACCCUAUAUUAAUUGGGUCAACCUAUCUAAUUAAAAAAGUCAGCAUGAAUCUAAUUUUCUAUUGGUUGUGCAUUAUUGUUGUCACUAUAACAACCAAGUAGAUGUUGUCACCCUAUCUUCUCCCCCUUGAAUUGGCUCCAUGUAACGACUCGAAUAUUUUAUGUAUCGUAAACGACACACUUUAAUCAUUUAUGAUGAUCUCUCCAAACAAGGGGAGGAGGUUUCCAUCGGCGAAGGCAAAGGCGGUCAGGUCGAAGAGGGAGGAGUCAUUGCCGGGGAGAAAGAGUAUACCGCCGACAGACUCAAGUGGUGAGGAGGUAGAAACGAAGGGAGCAGCCGACGAUUCUAGGAACUGUCGGAGGCAAAAGAUGACCAGACUCUCUAAGGUUGGUAAUAUCUUUCCUUUUUGACAUUUUUGGGGGUUUCCUAUGAAAACUGGAAUUUUGUGUGGUGUUAUGGUGGAUUUCAAUAUGAAAAGUCGUAUGACUAUGGUUUGUAUUAGGGCUAUUGUGUGUAGUAUGGUAUUUAGAAGUUUGUGGUGUGCUAUGAUGUGUUUGAAAAUUGGGAUUUAUGGUCGAUUUAAGGAAGAUCUGGGAUUUUAGGUUUGUUGCGGUGAUGGUUUUGAAUUUUUGAUGAUAUGAAAUUGUGGAUGAAAUAAUGGUUGGUUUGGUUAAAACUGGGUUGUGGGGGUUAUUGGUAGUAUUUCUGAGCUUAUGAAUCUGAAUUUUGAUAUGAGGAUUGGUUGUUUGUAUGGAAGUAUCGAUUCGGGAUCUGAAGGUUUAAUUUGAAAAUAUGUUUUAUGGGGGCGAUAGACUUGGGAAGUUUAGCUUCUGGUAAAUUGGUUUUUGUUCUGAAAAUUUGUUGGGUUACUAUGGUACGUGGUUGAAAAAGGGCUUAGAUAUAGAGUGGGAUUUUGAACAAAAACAAAGUACUCUAAAAUACCUCUAACAGUUUGAGUCAAGACUCAAGACCCUUAUGAUUAAGUCUAUUGAAUAUGUUUUUUUAGCUUAUGAUUUUGAUGUUAAUUUAGUGUCGUUAAUGAGUAUAUUAAGUAAAGCAAAAGAAUGGAAGAGUAACUAAAAAUGAAACAAGAUAUGUUUUUAUUUGUGAUUAGCCUUAACAUCGAAGGGCUUGAAUGAGCAAAAUUAAAAUAGAAGUAGGAAGGAAUUAAAGCAAUAUGAUUUAGUGGAUUGUUUCGUUGUUAUAGUGAAAUUUCCAUAUAGUGUUGCGCUAACAGUGAUGAUUGGGUAGAUAUUCUUCUUAAACUGUUUUAUUGAAGAGAUGUAGAAAUAGAUGUGAUAUAGAAAUGAUAGAUGAUGAUGAUGCUUAGAUGAGUUGGUGUGAGUACCAACCUUUCUCUUUUGCUUUGAUGAUGAUUCUGUCCUUUGUUCUUCUUCUUAUGCUUUUGUUGCACUUUCCUUUAUUUCUUGAGCUGCUUCCUUUGCUCUUUGGCUUUAUGGUUGUGUUUAGAUGAGUGAAUGAAGUGUGUUGGUGUGUGUCGGCGAAGAAGGGGAAAAUAUGAGAGAUGAGCCUAUGAAGAAGUUGUCUGUGGAAACGAAAAGGAGGAAGAGGAAGAAGAAGAAGAAGAAGGCCUCUGAGUCCCCCGUUUGAUUAGACCAAGCGGUUCUUUUAUAGCAAAAAAAUCUACAGUGAAUUCACUGUUCAUGACUUAUGUUUGCUUUUGAUUGGUUGGUAGGAUUCUAGGUAGGGAUACUGUAGUGUACAGUAGUUUGCUUUUGAUUCGUUGACCAGAUUUGACCCGAGUUGGCCAGGCUUUGGGCUUGGAUUUGAGUCCAAUUUCUUUUAUUGUGGAUCAUACAAUGUUAAUGACUAUUGUUGUUCUUUUAUAUUGUAAUGUAGUUAUUUGACAUUGUUUCAUCUUAAUGAGAUUGUUACAUGACUUAUUAUUAUACAGAAAUUGGGACCCAUUCUUACAACACCCAAUGAAUCAAUUAACUCGCAUGUUAACCAAAACCAAACACAAGCCUAGUUCGUAUCAACUAUCAAAAUGAAUCAAUUGAAAUUUG